GUCUGCUCCUCGUGUUUUCUGUCACGGUUUGUUUGGUAGGGGGCAGUAGCGAGCUAAAGUAGGACCGAUACACAAUUGUAUGAAAAGAAGAAGACAAGAUGAGCUCUAAAAAGGUGUUGGAAAUAUUCUACGACGUAGUGUCUCCCUACUCUUGGCUGGGGUUCGAGGUGCUCUGUCGCUACAGAAAUGUGUGGAACAUUGAUCUCAAGUUGCGACCUGCUUUUUUGGGAGGCGUUAUGCACGGUUCAGGUAACAGACCUCCUGGUGUGAUUCCAAAUAAAUUCAUGUACAUGACAAAGGACUUGCAGCGGCUGUCCAAGUAUUUCAAUGUGCCCCUGUCCUCUCCUGCGAACCCUUUUGAGGCCAUGUUUGAGAAAGGUUCUCUGGCAGCAAUGCGUUUUGUGACAGCGGUGGCUGAGAGGGAGGCAGGUGGUGAUGCCCAGGUGGAGAAGGUGUCCAGAGAGCUGUGGAUGAGGAUCUGGAGCACCGAUCAAGACAUUACCCAGCCUGCCUCACUGGCAGAGGCUGCAAGUAAGGCCGGACUCUCAGCCAAUGAGAUUGAGGAGCUGCUGAAGUUGUCCAAGUCCCAGGCAAUCAAAGACAAGUUGAAGGGCAGCACACAGGAAGCACUGGAGUACGGGGCGUUCGGCUUCCCUCUGGUUAUCUGCCAUGUGGAUGGGACGCGAGAGCCCUUCUUCGGUUCGGACAGGUUUGAGCUGAUGGCUCAUUGCAUAGGGGAAACAUGGGUGGGACCACAGCCAAACAAGCCCACUGCCAAAAUGUGAAAUAUCCUUGAUAACAGAUCCACAAUGAACUGUAGCAUCACAUCAAUGUAACUGUAGAUAGUUUACUCUACAAAAAUGAAUUAGGCAUAAUUUAAUAUGUGCCUUUGUAAAUGUAUAACCAUUUAUCAACCCCUUAUAGCCUGUAUAUUAAAUUUAACAUCAGAAUUCUGAAUCGUUGAUUACCGGUAUGCUGCAUUUAAAUAUGCAGAGACAGAACUACACACGUGUGCCUUAACAAAAAUGCUGCGUUCCAGAAAUACAUGCGAUUGUGACGAUUGUGUGAAUUUUAAUUUUUAAAUAAAUCAGAAAAAAAGGG